AUUCGAGUAGUUUUGGCAUUGUUAAAAAACUUUCUCUUAAUAAAGAAAGUCAAUUUCAUUUGGCUAAAAUGGAAUAAAUGUAUUAUGAAUUAUAUAAAAUACCCAUAUCUUCACAAAAUACAGGUAAUAAAAACUGUGACAAAAAUAUUUAAUAUGUGCAAAUUUGUAAAUUUACAAAGUUUUUAA